AUGGAUAUCCCAUCGGCAUUGUGUUUCUCGGACAAGGACAAAAUUGGGACCAUCCAGUCACAUGAUGACGCUUUAGUGGUAACGCUUAGGAUUGGUAGGUAUGAUGUGAAAAGAGCAAUGGUGGACCAAGGCAGUGGUGCUGAGAUUAUGUACCUCGACUUUUACAAGGGGCUAAGUUUGAAACCUGAGGACUUAACAGCUUAUGAUUCCCCUUUGUUGAGUUUUGAUGGGAAGGUUGUCAUUUUGAGGGGCCAAAUUUUACUACCUGUGCAAGUUGGUCUGGAGAUAGUGGAGGUGGACUUCAUCGUUAUGGACGCUUAUUCCCCCUACAUGGCCAUUAUAGGCAGGUUUUGGCUCUAUGCCCUGGGAGUAGUCUCUUCUACUUUGCACCAGAAGGUGAAAUAUCUGUCAGACGGCCAAAUUAAAGAGAUUGUUGGAAGUCAAUCCAUGGCUAGGCAGUACUUGGUGGCCGUAAUCUUAUGUCAGCCUGAAGCUGAGUCCUCGACCUCUACUGGAAGGGCUUGUAGCAAUUAA